CCGCCAUUGUUCCCCGCGGCGCCCGCCCCGCUCGCCGCCCGCAGCCUCGCCCACGGCCGGUCGCGGCCGCAGCCCGCCCCGCUGCUCCCGUCGCUCGUCGCCGGCCCGGGCCGCCAGGGGGCGCGCCGGGCCCCGCGCCACGUCACGGCGCAGCCGCCGUCGCGAUUGGCGGACGGCGCGGCUAUAAAGGGAGGGCGCAGGCGGCGGCCGGAUCUCUUGCGCCGCCAUCUUAAACCCAGCUCCCUACAACGCUCCGCCGCCGCGCCCGCCAGCCGCCCCGCACGCCAGCCGGCCGCCGCCGACCGCCCCGCCGCAGCCAUGGAGGACGUGAACGAGUACAGCAACACGGAGGAGUUCGCGGAGGGAUCGAAGAUCAACGCGAGCAAGAACCAGCAGGAUGACGGUAAAAUGUUUAUUGGAGGCUUGAGCUGGGAUACAAGCAAGAAAGAUCUGACAGAAUAUUUGUCUCGAUUUGGGGAAGUUGUAGACUGUACAAUUAAAACAGACCCGGUCACUGGAAGAUCAAGAGGAUUUGGAUUUGUGCUUUUCAAAGACGCUGCUAGUGUGGAUAAGGUUUUGGAACUAAAAGAACACAAACUGGAUGGUAAAUUGAUAGACCCGAAAAGGGCCAAAGCUCUAAAAGGGAAAGAACCCCCUAAGAAGGUUUUUGUAGGUGGAUUGAGCCCAGACACUUCGGAAGAGCAAAUUAAAGAAUAUUUUGGAGCCUUUGGAGAGAUUGAAAAUAUUGAACUUCCCAUGGAUACAAAAACAAAUGAAAGAAGAGGAUUCUGUUUUAUCACAUACACAGAUGAAGAACCAGUAAAGAAAUUGUUGGAAAGCAGAUACCAUCAAAUUGGUUCUGGGAAGUGUGAAAUCAAAGUGGCACAACCCAAAGAAGUCUAUAGGCAGCAACAGCAGCAACAAAAAGGAGGAAGAGGUGCUGCAGCCGGCGGCCGAGGAGGUGCGCGGGGUCGUGGCCGAGGUCAGGGCCAAAACUGGAACCAAGGAUUUAAUAACUAUUAUGAUCAAGGAUAUGGAAAUUACAAUAGUGCCUAUGGUGGUGAUCAAAACUAUAGUGGCUAUGGCGGAUAUGAUUAUACUGGGUAUAACUAUGGGAACUAUGGAUAUGGACAGGGAUAUACAGACUACAGUGGCCAGCAGAGCACUUACGGCAAGGCGUCUCGAGGGGGUGGCAAUCACCAAAACAAUUACCAGCCGUACUAAAGGAGCACUGUAGAGGAAACAGGUGUGUAUAAGAGUGCAUGAAACAGUUCAAGUGUCUACAUUUAAUUUAAAGAUCAAUAGACAAAUGGAAACAAGUAAAAGCAAAAUAUCAUGUAGCUGUUUUGACUAAAUUGUUAAUUUUUUAAUCUAUGAGCCUGUUUUGCCUAAAGUGUCUAUAGAUCUUUAACUUUAAAGUCUUACCUCACCUUCUUUAGUAUUACAGAAAAACUUAAGAGUUUUUCUGUUUGCUUUGUGUACCAGGCGGUCUAGAGGAAUAAUUAAACUUUUUAGAACUAUUAACAGGUAAAGUACUGAAAGGGGUACAACUUAAGGAAAACAAGAAUGUUGUCUUCUAACUCUGACAUUAUACCUUGUUUGUACCCGCCAGCGGGAACUUCAUUGCAGGCCGUGUGUCACCCUGACCACGUCUAUCUCUGGGGGUCGCACGUUGCGGGCAGAGCGCAAGGCAUACACCAGAAAACGCUGUCCUGUGGUAUGGUCUCUUCCAACUUCAUGUACCAGCGUAAAGAUUAAAGUGGAAAACUUCAGACUUUGGCUUCUUUUUUAAAUCUUUUUGGAGAUUAAGUGUCUAAACUUAACUUAAAUGGUUUUUUACAGGAGUUAAAGUACAUAAAUGCCUUUUUACAGCUUAAUCAUUUUGGUCUUCUGUUUAGUGUUGUAUUUCAAUUGUGGAGCCUCAUUUUAAGUGUUCAUUCUUUAAGAUUUAAUGCUUGCUUUUCUUUUUAUAGCUAAUAGUGAAAUCUACAAACCAAAACAAGAACUUUUAAAUCUGGAAUAUAAAUUAAAGAUCAUAUGCAGGAAAGUAAUUCACUUGCUCGUACUCUAAUACCCCACCCAAAAUCUUGUUUGUGGCAGUGUUUGGUUUGGCUUACUAGAGAUGUUUCCAGUGGGCCAUAAUUCGUUCCGCCUAUUAAGAGUGGAACUGUUGCAUUCCAUCAGUGGAUGGGAAUUUGGUAUGAUUGGGAACUCCAGGAUGAGUUACUAAAUUGUCCAAACUGCAUUUUGACAACAGAUAAUGCAUGUGAUCUUUAAUUAUUGAACAAUAAAGUGAGGACUUAAACAGUUCAUGAAAGUGGACCUUUGAAAGCCUGUCAGGCUCGCACAGAUGUAAUUGCUGUUUUGUUUUUGUUUAUAGGAGAUGCUAAAGAAACCAUCUUGCAAGAGGACAUUGAAGAUUGGUCUUCUGUUGAUCUAAGAUGAUUAUUUUGUAAAAGACUUUCUAGUGUACAAGGCACAAAUGUGUCCAACUGUAAAUAGCCGCCAAUAGUUUUCUUUGUUUUUACUUUGUCCUUUGCUAUGUGUUUAAGACUCAAUGUGGAUUUGUGUUUAUACAGAUUUUAUUUGUACGAUUUCUUUUGUUAAACCUCAAAUAAAUGCUUCCUUAUGUGAUUGUUUUUCUGCGUCAGGUAUACUACGUAGCUCUGUAAAAUGUACUUUUAAAUAAGCAAUAAUUAAGGCAGCUUAUUAGCCUAUAAAGACAUGGAGACGCUAUGGUCCUUGAUGGAUAACCCAGCCAGUGUCACUCUGUCGCCCAGGCUUUUAGGCACACCCUGUGCUCACCAGGGCUUUAAUUUCCUGGUUAUUUGAAGCUUCUACUACCCUCAAGGAAUCUAAUCUCUGGUUAUCUGGAAGUUAUGCAAGUCAUAGCAUUGGGAUUGGUGUAGGCUUUCUAGUAGGCCCUAUGUGUUACAGAUUGUGUUUUCUAGGAGUUGUUUGUUUGUUCUCAACACAAAGCUUGCUGAUGUAAUGGCUGCUCUUUGCUUUGUUUCUAUCUCUGGGAAAGUUUAUGAUUUUCUAAUUGCUUGCUAGAGUUCGUUGGCAGUCUGCCUAUAAAAGCUUGCACUAAUUGCAAUACCCUGACUGAAGAUCUUUUGGUUAAAAAAAAAAAUUCCAGAUACAUGCAGGAAACAGUACUAUAAAGCCAGUAGGAUCUCUGGUUUAACAGAACGUUGGAAUAGUGGCAGAAUACCUGUGUUCAGACAGCAGGUUGUAGCUACCACAGAUGAAGUGUUUCGUACUUAGGCAUUCUUAGGAAGCUGUACUAGUCUGUUACAUGGUGAGUUUUUCACUAAUAGCUAAAUCUCAUUUUUAAUGCAGCUCAUGCACAAGUGGUAGUUAUGUGUUUAUUUCCAUAUUCGGGCACAUGAAGGAAUUUGACUUUAAAGGUAACUUUAGGUCACAUGCUUUCUGGUGCAUUUGAAAAGAUUUAGGAAAAAGUUUUAAAUUCACUGGUUGGAUUUAGGACAGCUUGUUCCCAUGGCUCAAUCUUAGCUGCUGGAGUUGGCAUACAAGUUUGAACGUAGAGUGGUUGACUGCACACUCUAUGCACUGACUUUUGGUUUGGUUUUUCAAUUUUUGUGUGUGCUGAUUCCUGCCUCUUUAAAAAAUUUUGAUGCCUGCAACUUUGUUCAAUGAUGUUUGUAUUUGCGGGGCUACACAGUGCUCUUGGCCUUGCUUUGUUACUGUCUGACUGACCUUGGGCCUAGGCCAAGUACCACUGUUGAUUUGGACCCGCAACUUGAGGGAAUGGAGGAGAGGGUCUUGUUAGUAGGUAUAGUAGGGUAGUGAAUCCUGUAAGCUCGAGUUUAUGAUUAGGUGAUGAGUUGACAUUGAGAUUGUCUUUUUCCCUGGUCAAACGUGAAUAAUAAAAGCUUUUCAAAUAAAA